AGCGCGUAGCGAUCACGCCGCCGCCUCUCUGCUCGCCCGCCGGCGACGGUGACUGUCUGCAGCUUCCGGCGAUCGAUCCGGCCGGCCAGACUUGAACAUCAUGUCCGGUACAGAUCCUGUGGUGAACCAGGCUCCACCUGAGGAGCGUGAAUCUGUUGAUGAGGAAUUCUCUACUGCUUUACGUAACAGACACCCUUCGUUGAGUGCAUCUCCUUGCAUCAAUGCUAUAAGGUUGUGCGAUGCAAACUGUGCAAGGCACAUCAAUCGUGCAAUCAGCACACUUGAGCCAACAGAUGCAACUGCAAGAAAAGCUAUGGCGACAUUGAGGAGCGAUUUUAUGACUGAACACCUCAACUUGGUAGACAAGUUCAUAUCUUAUGGAGCUGACCAUAUUCCAGACAAAUUUGUUAUGGUGCAGCUUAGUCCCGUUGAACCCCUUGAUGGAACUAAUAACUUUAGCAAGUGGAAGAGCAUUGUGCUUCUGAAUUUAGCCAUACUGGAUUGUGACUUAGCUAUUAGAGAGGAUCCUCCAGAGGAGCCUCAACUUGAUGAGAAGUAUCCAAACUAUAAUGAUCUCAAGUGGGCUUAUGAUAAUAAAUUAACCGCUUGGAAGAAAUCCAAUAGGUUGUCACUCAUGUAUAUCAAGAGUAACAUCUCUCCUACAAUUAUAGGAGGGAUUACUGACUCUGGUGAUGUUAAGACAUACUUGGCAAAUAUUAAAGAAAAUUUUAAGACUUCACAUAAGGCUUAUGUUCAUAGGGUCAUAAAGCGCAUGAUGACUAGCCGCUAUGAUGGUAAGAGUGGCAUUAGAAAGCACAUUUUGGAGAUGGCUCAUAUGGCACAUGAGUUAAAGACCAUGGGCAUGGAAAUAUCAGAUGAUUUCCUUGUACUUCUAAUAAUAAGUUUACUUCCCCCUACCUAUGAUCCAUUUAGAAUGAGGUACUGCACAAAGAAAGAAAAUUGGACUAUACUAGAGCUUAUCUCUAACUUAGUUGAGGAGGAAGAGUGUAUGAAAGCUGAAGAACAAAAGCACAAUAAUGAGCUGAACCUUCUCAAUCCUAACACUAAGGGGAAAAGGAAGUUCUAUCAGGGGGAGUAUUGAGUAUUCUAGCUCCAAGAAGAAGCCAACCAACGCUCAUCAAUAAGAAGGAAACAAGGCUAAUACUUCCAAAGCUCAAGUCUCAGCUAGUCUCUCAGUUUUCUAAGGAAGAAAGGCAUUGGUACAAGGAUUAUCAAAGCUUCAAAGUAUGGUUAGGCAAAAAUGGUGUGAAUGGAAUUGAAUUUCUAAUAUUGAUGAACCCUUUUAUGUUGAAUUCUCCUAAGAUAAUUGGUGGAUUCACUUGUAUACCAUUGUUUAAACUGCUAAUUCGUUGCAGGGAUUUUGUAUCUUCAUGACCUUAAGACUUAGUUGACUCCAAUUGUUCUGCUUCUGUUGAUUGUUUGAUUGACU